CAGCACCAAGAGACAUGGAAAACUGACGAAUCUCCACGUACUUUACAGAAGAGCCUUUUGAGCCAUCAGAGGAUCACUGUGGCUUUAAGAAGAGAAUGAGAAGUUUUGCCUCACUAACUCGACAUGUUUGGGAACUUUUCACAUCAGAGAGGCAGCCUGGCUGGAAGAAGCUGUUACAGCUUUUUGCAGUUUGCUGUACAGCUAGCUUCAUCUCAAGCAGUCUCUUGUUCCUUGGCUUGUAUUCCUCCCUAACACAUUUUCCUUUGGUUACCUUAGCAAUUGUUGCAUCUGUCUGGAUUGCCCUUUCUAUUGCAUUGUUUUCUUCCAAACAUGUGCGUUGCUUUGCUGCCUUGUUUGUUCUUUCUUGUGGACUGCGUGAAGGUAGAAAUGCUCUUAUUACUGCUGGCACAGGCAUAGUGGCAGCUGGCAACAUCCAAAGUAUUUUUCACAACAUAAAAGUACUGGCAGACAGUAUAACUUGCAAUAUAGAGGUUGAGCAUUUUGCCUUGAUAAAACACUAUGUUGAAGCCAUCCAAUGGAUUUAUAAUCAGAUCAAGUUUUCAAGUAACCCUUUUAAAGAUAUAGUGUCACUGAGUGAUGAAUUCAAUACCUUUUAUAUAAUUUCUGAUGAAGGUUUCAAACUGAGGCUAAAUACCACCAAACAACAGAUCCAAAGUGUUAUUAACCAUAUUUCUUCUAUCCUGGCAAUACAGCCCUACAUAAGCCAGAGACUGUUUCCUUUCAUGGGACUUUUUCUAGUUGUUCUUGGUACGUACCUCUUCAUCAGAAAAUUUGUGAGCACUCAGAGUGCAAAGUUUAAGAAUAUUUAUAUCACAAAGCGGUUCAUUGGAUUUGAUGAGCAGCAAAAGAAUCAACAAAAGCCAUCUGUGCUUCCACUCAAUAAAAAAGAAAGGAAGGUGUAUUUAACCAUCCCAUCCCUCAGCCUAACGCAGAAAGAAAAGAAAAACAUAGGAUGUUUUUUUCUCCCUGUGUUUACUAAUCUUUGUAUCUGGGCUCUGUUUGCAGCAAUAGAUUAUAUGGUUUAUUGGCUAAUUUUUUCAGUCAGCAAGCAUCUCCAAGAAUUACCAGAGAUAGAAGUUCAUUUAAAAGUCUAUUACCAAAAAAAUGAGGACAACUUCAUUAUCAAUACAGGAAAAGUCAUUCAAAAUAAUUUUUAUUUGAAGAUUCCUCUGUUUAAACAUGACUGCAUUCCUAAACCAGAGUUUCCUCUGCUCUCAACAUGGAUCCAGAUUGGAGUCAUCAUCUUUUUCUUAAUCAUAUUUGGAUUAUUCUCCAGUAUCCUGGUUCAGCUUAAAGUACUAGUGUCAAGUUCAUUCUAUCCCAACAUAGAGAUGACAAGGAUCCGUUACCUGCAUUCAAAAUUACUGAGAUACAGAGAAAAGCCUCCACAGAAAAAUGUGAAAAGGAAACUUAACUCAUUUGCUCAAACGCUCCAGUUCUGGUUCCCGAUAUUCAAGGCAAUGGGGACAAUCAGGAAGAAAGAAAAAGACAUGAUAAAUGAAAACAAGGUUUGAAAGAGGCCACAUAACUCUUUGGCUAAGCUCAAGGUUAUUUGUGCAGCAAGUCUCUGCAUAUUGUACCUGUACUGCUUCUGUUUUUAAAAAUAUUUCUGUAAAGUACUGUCAGUUAAUUUCCAUAUUAUAUUUAAAUGUUAAAGAAGUAAACAUAGCUCUCACAGGACAGCAGCCUACAGUUGUUUGGCAAUGCUGGGCGUUGCAAGCAAGCAAUAUGAAAUAGCACUUGAGAUUUCCCAACAAUGUCUGGCACUUGUGCAAUCCUUUAAGGCCUGAUCCUCAUUAAUGUUGUGGCCAUGAUACACCACUCUGGGAGCCUUGCUCUGUAAUUAUCACACUGACUCUGUGGCCCUUUUAACAGAUGAGCAUAAAGUCAUUUCACUGUACAUGAAAACUUCAAACCAAUCAAACUCGUUAAUCAUGGGUUUAACUUUAAGCAUGUGAGGUUCCCUUUGAAAUGAUCGGCACUACUUAUGAGGUUGCAUAGGUAACCUGAAUCCUGGCAUUUCCUAACUUAAAAGUGCUUCACUUUGCAUCCUGUGUUCUUUUAACACAGCUCCUUGGCUGAAAACAAAAACAAAUGAGCUAGGGGGGAAAGAAACCCAGAAAUUGUAUCAUGUUGAUACCAGUUAAUCAGAAAGGGAUGAGACACGUGCCAGUGGGUUUCACUUGUUAAUGGCAAAGGUUGGUGAAGCCUAAGGAGUCUUGUUUUUCUUGCUUAGCCAGUCUUUAUCCCUCCCUCCCUACCCCACUCUCUGCCUACCCAGUCCCUUACUGUAUUCUUACAUGUCCUUAUAUAGUUUAUUCCCCAUGCCCCUCGGCACUUGUUUUUAGUCCUAGUUUCCUUCUCUGGCCUCUAUCCAACCCCAGCCCCUCACCAUUCAGGAGGUGUCAGUAGUCAGUAACACCAGCACCUACAACCACGGUGAAGUGGGGAACUUGGCAAACACAGGAAGGGGAUUGUUCAUAAUAGACUGAGAUAUAGUCUAUUAUGAACAUAAGACACUUUACUGCACAGUAGAGCGAAUUUCCGUGCAUUAAAUGUCACUGUCUGUGUGUGCAGACCCUUACUGCGCAGUAAUUUGCUCUACUUGGCAAUUAAUUUUUUACCUGCAUUAGAUGCCUUACUCCACAGUAACUACUUGGCAGUUAAUUUGUUAAUAAUAUUUGGAUUAUUCUCCAGUAUCCUGAUUCAGCCAGGUAACAAAUUACCUGCCGAGUAGUUACUGCAUAGUAAGGCACAUGUAGAUGGCUGACCAAGAGCUAAUUUGCUACUGGUCAGCUGGGCAGCAGGGGGCAGGACAUUACUGCCUAUCCCUGGGAGCUCCCUGCUGUUGGAACGGGCUCCAAUGGCUGAGCCCAGGUGGGGACAAUGUCCCCCUGCUUCGGCAUCAGGGAGUUCAGAGAUUAGCAGAAAUGAAGGAGAUGAUAAUGAACCAUAAAGUCAAUUGACUCUCUUGGCACUGCCUGAAUACCUGAAUAGAAAUUCUGCUGCCCCUCCCAGAGAGUUGGUUUUAAAACUUGGGUGGAACAGGAAUCAAAGAGGGGUGCAACUGCACCACUGUACUUGCUCAGGAUGCACCCCCAGACACAGAGAUGUGUAUGGUUUAACAAACUCACUCCAGAACUACGAAUGGAACCCAUGGCAUAUGUGGCGUUGAGCCAGACACCAUUUUCUCCCUCUCGGCUAUAGGGAAAAAGCAGCUAGACACAAUUACUCUAAAAUGCUUGUGUAACCCCCAAUCUGUCAUUGACACAAAUGUCUCCAGUGUAAGGU